AUGAUGGUCUCCCGCCAGGCGGCAGUGUUGAAUCCUAGGACCCGUGUCUUCGUCUACAACCACGACCGCCACAUUGCUCGUAUCCUCGUCGUCGAUAUGUCUAGCCCUCCCGAACGCGCUGCACCCCACGUCAACCAGUUGCCCGUGGAGACCCUUGCCACAAUACUAUCUUAUCUGCCCAAUCCUAACCCUCCUCUCCACGAACACGACAUGAUACGGCGACGUCGGGAGUGGAAGUCCUCACUGGCGACUCAAGUGGAGAGUCGUUACGACCCCUAUGGGUGGUUUCCUGCCGCCUGGGUCUGCCAUUUAUGGCGUUCUGUCAUCUUAUCAGAGAGGCACCUCCAUGUCCCCGUCUUUGCUCACGAUGAGCGGGCGCUUCCAGUCCUGGAAUCUACUUCUCCGCUUCCGAUCGAGUUGUACGUCAGCGAAGACGAAUGGGCGUCAAACGAGAGCAUAGCUUUGCAGGUGCAAUCGAUCUUCCGCUCGUGUGGACAGCGUGUGCGUUCGUUGCAUGUCUGGACGAAGCACCGGCGACCUAAGCGUUCUCAAGACGAGUCGUCUACGCCACAGACGACGCCUCUACUUCCAAACGUCAUCCGCGAGAUGAAUUUACCGCUACUCGAGGAAUUCCACGCUUUGGGACGGUACAGACACCUGCGUGGAGGGUGUAUCGAGCCUGGAUAUCGAGACCAAUAUCCUCGUUCGAUCUCGUUCCCUGAUCCACUAUCCAAGAACCUGCGUGUCUUGGAUCUAUCGGGAUGCACUAUAGCCAGUGCCGGAUCACUCGCAACAUCCGCUCCUGCAUACGUGAAGCUUGUGGGGUGCCCAGGCAUCUGGGAUUGCCACGACGUUCGUCCAGAUCAAGGCGUCGUAGCGGAUCGUGAUGAUAUCAACGUCCCGCAGUACCGCCUGCCCUUCACAUUCACCGCUCUCCGUCAUCUACACCUGGAAGAGGACUCCAUGCCUUCUGCGCAGGCGCUUGCCGCUUUAGGCAGUAUUACGCUGCCUGCACUAGAACAACUCCGCCUGUGUGGGCCCCUCUCUCAAGCGCUAGAUACACUCAACGGGUUUAGAUACCCGCCUACGGCCUCUGUCAGCCUGUCAUGUGUUUGGGACGACUGGACGUACUCUGCGGAGCAGGACGUACUCGACAUCGAACCUUCAUCGCUACCUGUCUUCAAAGGCUUGGCAGCGAAAUACCUAGCUGAGGAUACGUCGCUUCCUCGUGCGUCAACCAUGGUGGUUGACAUACAAGACACCGAAGUGGACUUCAAAUGCAUUUCUGAGAGCGGACAUGCUUUCCUUUCCUUCCAUAUCUACGCUCUCACGCAGUGGGCCCGCGACAUUGAAUUCACCGGAUUUGAGGAAUUCCUCGGGAACGCCUUCUCUGUGUUCUCGGGCGUACGACAACUCGUCGUAUCCAGUCACUUUGAACACGAGACCUAUCGUCGCUACGGCGUGGCGGAGCCGGCGCGUCGGUGCCGGUGGUAUGCCGCCGCUCGACAAAGGCUCGCAGACGUCACGGAUCUCGAGCUCAGCUGGCAGGCUGCACGACAUCUCCUCGAGUUUUGCGAGGAGAAGCGCGGUGAGGGUGUCCAGUGUCAUGCAUUUCCGGCACUUGAAGAGAUGGUACUCAAGGCGAUGGGCAUCGGUCGCCCCUCUCGAGUCGCACGUAGUGACGAUACAGAAACGAUAAGUAGACUCCUUGAGGCAGAGCUUGCAGCUAGGCCAACCCCGUUCCAGAUUAGGUGGGACACUGCCGGCGCCGCGAUCAAUACACCGAGCCACUAG